AUGACACGUCUAGUUGCAUUAUGUACAAUUCUCCUAUUGUUAAACUCAACAUAGGCUUACUUUACCGAUAAAUCACAUAGAUAAUAAGCUCAAGAAUUGAUUAACAAAUUUGUCUAUGGAUUUACAUAAAAUUUUGAUGCUCUUUCUGCAGAAGGUCUUGAUCAUAUAGGAAACAUGAAACUUGCAUUUGACUAUUGGAUAACUAAAUUCAAAGUUCAUGGUUUCGACUAAUUGAAUGUAAUUCAUUUCAUUAAUAAAAAUAGGUCAAUUUUGAUGUAGAUCAUGACAUAUUGGAAAUUAAUCUACCUACAGUUAAUUUAGAUAUCAUUAUAGAAGACAAAUAUACUAUUCCUGUAAAAAUAGAGAAGUAAAUUGAAAUAUAAUGAUUUCUAGCUUAAGUGCCUCAAUAAUAUUUGAUAUUGAACCAACUCGUUUCAGAUGUACUGGAGUUGAAUUUGAUUAUGAAAAUCUGUCUUUGGAUGUUAAUUUAGUUGUCCAAUAUUUUAGUAAAAUGUUAUUGUCACUUGAUAUGUUAAAAAAUGCUAUCAAGUAAGCUGAAUUACCCAUAAGAAAUGUUAUUGUUUAAACAAUAAGAGUAUUUUAAUUUAUUAUUAAUUUAGAGUAAUUAUGAAAGACUUUUUUAAUUACUCUAAGAUUUAAAGGCAGGAUAAUAUGAUGCAGAUGCUCUUUUAGCUAAACUUCCAUAAGUUCAUCAUACAAGAAUUGAAAAUAGAGAGUUAAUCAUUAAUGUUAGAUCCAUUUUUGGAUAUGAAUCUUAAAGAGAAAAGGAAAAAAAAGUAGAUUUAUGAA